AUGCCUGGUCGUCUACUUUCCAGCUUUGUCCGCCCUUCCCUCUCCCACCACUCAUCCCACCAUUCAUCCGUUGCGCACUCGAACACUUCGUCUUCUUCGUCCGUGAAUGAGAUCCCGAACACCACUGUGGCAUCGAAGAAGCCAUCCACCCAUCUGUCCGCUGACCGAGCUCGCUCACCUGAACGCCGGCUAUCGUUGGCGAUGGAGCAUCUGAUCCAUCCUCACCGCGAUCACAGCAAAGAGAAGCGACGGAGCCAUGGCCGCUCAGCUCGUUCAAAGGAGCGUGCCGCCCAUGAUCCCAGCGCCAACGCCUCUGCGAAGCUCGAUGUUAUCGUUGAAUCCCCGCCGCUCGUCUGUUACGGGAAUCCCGCCAACUCAACCGGCGCCUUGUUCUCCGGACGCCUGAAGAUCAGCAUCUCUGAAUUAGCCGGCAUGAUCACGCUUGACACCUUUGAUAUGCGUCUCAUGAGCAGACAAACGACCAAGAAACCGGUUUCUAGAGACUGCCCCAACUGUGCCUCGCGAACUGAGGAACUGACACACUGGAACUUCCUCACCGAGCCCCUCGCCCUCAAGAGUGGUGACCACGAGUUUCCGUUCAGCUACCUAGUCCCCGGCCAUCUGCCCGCCUCGUGCAACGGAUCGUUGGGUCAGAUCGAAUACUUUCUCUCUGCGCGUGCUCACAGUAUCAACGGAGAGGAGUUCACCUACAAGAUGCCUCUGCACAUCAAGCGUGCCAUCCUCCCCGGCAACGACAAGUCCUCCAUCCGUAUCUUCCCUCCUACCAACCUUACCGGUCGUAUCGUCCUUCCAUCCGUUGUUCACCCAAUCGGUACCUUCCCUGUGCAGAUGACUCUUAGCGGAGUGGUGGAUAAAGGCGAAGAAACCCAAACCCGCUGGCGCCUGCGCAAAAUGAUGUGGCGGAUUGAGGAACACCAGAAAAUUGUCUCUGCAGCCUGCUCCAAGCAUGCACACAAGAUCGGAGGCGAAGGCAAGGGUGUUCUUCAUCAGGAGACCCGCAUCAUCGGUCACAACGAAGAGAAGGAUGGCUGGAAGACAGAUUUUGAUACCGCCGGCGGUGAAAUCAGCAUGCAGUUCGAAGCCAGCAUCAACCCAUCUUGCAACCCAGUGUGCGAUCUCGAAGCUUCGGGUGGCCUGGAAGCUCGUCACAACCUUGUCAUUGAACUGAUCGUCGCCGAAGAGUUCUGCCCCAACCGCAACACGAGACUCAUCACCCCGACUGGAGCAGCGCGUGUUCUGCGCAUGCAGUUCCACUUGCACGUUACGGAACGCAGCGGGCUGGGUAUCAGUUGGGACGAGGAGAUGCCACCGGUCUAUGAGGAUGUUCCUGCCAGCCCCCCCGGUUACACCAUGCUAGAUGGAAGCAGCAUCAUGGAGGACUACCAUGGAUCUCCCCUGCACCUUCCGGAGUAUGAAGAACUGGACCGCAUGGAAUCUCUGCGCUUGGAUAGCGACUCCACACAUUCUUCUUCAACCAGGGGACGAUCACGCCUUACACCCGAUGACUUCUCUGCCGAGCCAUUGACUUUUGAAACGACAAGCCGAGCUACGUCUGCCACCGAGCCUUGA